AUGACCCCGCUGCACACGCUCCACCUCGCGGCGCCGCUCCUCUUCCUUCUGCUCGCCGCGGCGGCCCCCGCGGCCUCCGCGUCCACGCUCGCCAUCGCGGGGGGCACCACGGUCUGCGGCGUCGCGGCCGACAACGGCACCCUCUACUGCCUCGACUUCGCCGCCGCCACCAACACCUCCUACUCCAACUCCACCGCCACCCCCGUCGCGCGGCCGCUCGUCUUCUCGCGCGUCUCCGGCGGCGACGGCUACCUCUGCGCGCUCGGCGCGGGCGCCGGCGACCCCUCCGUGCUCCUCUGCUGGCCGCCCGGCCCCUCCGCGCAGUACCAGCUCCGGCGGGUCUACAGGGGCACAACCCCGUUCUCAGACCUUACCGUCGGGGACGACCACGUCGCGGCCUACGACUCCCAGGCGCGCGGGAUCCAAUGGUGGAGGGGCGGCAACAGCUACCCGCAGCUCAUCCAGGGCGCCUUCACCUCCCUCGUCUCCGGCGACGGCUUCACCUGCGCGCUCGAGGCCACCAACUCCACCUCCCCCAACGUCCGCUGCUGGGGACCCAACGGUAACACCGUGCAGUCCGCCUUCGCCAACGCCACCUCCAUCUCCUCCCUCGCGGCCGGGGGCACCCGCGCGUGCGCCGUCGACACCGCCACCAACGCCGUGCUCUGCUCCGGCAGCACCGGCGCGGGCUCUGCCGCGCCGAGCGGCCUCUACCCGCACGGCCUCGCCGUCGGCGACUCGCACGCCUGCGGCCUCAGCCGCCCCAACAACACCGCCGUCUGCUGGAGCCUCGCGGGGCCCACCCCCACCGUCUACUACCCGGCCCCCGGCACCGCCUUCGAGUUCCUCGUCGCCGGCGCCAACCUCACCUGCGGCCUCGUCUCCGCCAACUACACCGUCGUCUGCUGGUCCGCCACCUCCGCCGACAACGCGGCCGUCGAGCUGUCGUCUCUACCAUCCGUUCUCCCCGGCACCUGCGUCCCCGAUCCUUCCUCCUGCGACUGCGACGCCUUCCCCGGGUCGGGCCAAAUCUGCGCGGGCGCGGGGUCCCCCGGCAGCGUCAUCUGCAAGAGGAUUUGCGAGGCUUCCGCACCUCCGCCGGCGCCGGCGCCACCCGCUUCGCCGCCGACGACUGCGGCGGCGAGUUCCUCAAAGGGCGUGUCCAAGAGGUGGAUCGCGUUCGCCGUCGUUGGCGCGGUCGGCGCCUUCGUGGGGCUCUGCUCCAUCGUCUACUGCUUCGUCUUCGGCUUCUGCAGCCACAAGAGGAUCCACAACUCCGUCCAGCCCAACCUCCCCGGAGGCACCGGCACCGGCGCCGCCCCCGCCGCCGCGGCCGAUAAUAACGUCGCCGUCGGCGCCACCGCCAGCCCCUACGGCUCCCCGAACGGGUCCCGCGCGCGCGGGUUCCUCUUCCGGCGGCAGCUCUCGCGCGCCAUGACGCGGCAGCGGAGCGGGCCGUCCUCCUUCAAGGACCAGACCGAGGAGUACACCUUCGCGCAGCUGGCGGCCGCCGCCGACUUCUUCUCGCCGGAGGCCCAGAUCGGCGCGGGCAGCUUCGGCACGGUGUACCGCGGCAAGCUCCCCGACGGGCGGGAGGUGGCCAUCAAGCGGGGCGAGUCGCUGGCGCGCAAGUUCCAGGAGAAGGAGAGCGCGUUCCGGUCGGAGCUGGCCUUCCUGUCGCGCCUCCACCACAAGCACCUCGUCGGCCUCGUGGGGUACUGCGAGGAGAACGACGAGCGGCUGCUGGUCUACGAGUUCAUGAAGAACGGCGCGCUCUACGACCACCUCCACCCCAAACCAGCCCACAUCGUCGACGGCGAGCCGCCAUUGGUAUCGCCGGUGAUGUCGUCGUGGAAGCUGCGCAUCAAGAUUCUCCUGGACGCGUCGCGCGGCAUCGAGUACCUGCACUCGUACGCCGUGCCGCCCAUCAUCCACCGCGACAUCAAGUCCUCCAACAUCCUGCUGGACGGCAGCUGGGUGGCGCGCGUCUCCGACUUCGGCCUCUCGCUCAUGGGCCCGUCGUCGCCGGACUCGGACGACUUGGCGGGGGCGCCACCGCAGCAGCACGUGGCCAUGAAGGCCGCCGGCACGGUGGGGUACAUGGACCCGGAGUACUACGGCAUGCACCACCUCACCGUGAAGAGCGACGUGUACGGCUUCGGCGUGGUGAUGCUGGAGACGCUCACCGGGAAGCGCGCGCUGUUCAGGGACGCCGGCGGCGGCGGGGACCCCGUGAGCGUGGUGGACUACGCGCAGCCGAGCAUCGUCGCCGGGGAGCUCGGCAAGGUGCUGGACGGGCGCGCGCCGGAGCCCACCCCGAACGAGGCCGAGGCCGUGGAGCUGGUGGCCUACACCGCCGUGCACUGCGUGCGGCUGGAGGGGAAGGACCGGCCCGCCAUGGCGGACAUCGUGGCUAACCUCGAGACGGCGUUCGCGUUCUGCGAGGGCAGCACCGGAGGGAACGGCAGCCGCGAUCGCGAAGGCCGCGCCACCGGCGGCGGCGGCUACAGGAACAGCUCGUCCAGCCUCUCCAUGACGUCCAUGGAGCUGUCUGGGAGGAUCGGGGAUUAGAUUAUUUCUCCUUCUUCUUUCUUAAAUUUUGUUCAGGAGUUUCAAACUGUGAUUAGCCCGGGAAGGAAGGAAGCAAUGUUCUUGGAAAUAUGUUGGUUAGUUCAAUUUUUUCUUUGGGUUAGAUUGGAGGUCUGUCUGUGUGUGUGGUAUCUCAUUUUACCACACAUUUUGUUCUUGGUGGCUGUACAUGAUCUCGAUGAGAAAUUUUCUAGAUUCUCAACAA